AAUUAGGGCUCCACUCUCAUAGAACCAGGGCAUGAACAGAUCAAAAACACGCAGACAUACUUCCUCUUGAAAUGAGAUAAUCGAAGAUGGCGUAUAAUAGGUUCACUUCGUCAGAGCUAUUGAAUUCCCAAUGGCUUGCAGAGGCGGAGGAGCGAUCCCGUCGGAUUCAGCUUCGUGCAGAGAGGGAAGAGCGAUUACGUCGGCUUCGUGCAGAGUUGGAGGAGCGAGUACGUCAGCUUCGUGAAGAGGAGGAGGGGCGAUCCCGCCGAAUGCAGCAACAAACGGCAAUUCUGAGGGAGCGGCUUAUGCAGUUGCAGAGGCGCAACCGAGUAGCUGCUCAGCGGAACUUCAGGGGAGGGGCGCGCCCGCCAAAUGACAAUCACGAGGGAGCGGCUUAUGAAGUUGCGGAGGAGGAAACGAGUAGCUGCAUAACGGAACUUUAGGGGGCCAGCCAUCUCCAGUUCCGCUAGGUACUGAUAUGAGUUAGAACAGCAGACUAAUAUUAGCUCUCGUUCUUGGGUUAUUUCUGUUUUGUCAAGUCUGAGAUGGCUAAAAUGCGUGAGCAAGAACGUAGUUCAGUUGUAAUGAACACAUAACCUGAUCUGGGUUCUCUGUUUUGUGUAAUGAUAUGAUCGUUUUCUUUUUGCUGUCUA